AUGCGCGACGUACCGCACCCACGGUGCCUGACCGGGUGCGACUACCUCGCAUCUUACGAGGUCAGGUUGUUGUUGAACGCCGACCUCUGCAGCGCGAGCGAGUUUUCCUCGAUCCAGUUCAUGUGCCAGGUCUCGUGCGGGUGCUCACUUGGCGAGAUGUACAAGUCGUCUCUGUCGUCCGACGGCGUCCAGUUCACCCGUGUUGACGACAUCCUCAUGGUCAGUAACAGGAUGGAGGACUUGGACUUCUGCCCUGCCGCAUGCCUGAUGACGCACCCGAGUGUCUCUGGAGAUUCCAGCUACGAUACCAUCGGCGGCGACAGCGACAGCGCGGACGGCGCGGACGACGAGGACUACGACAUGGACGACUACUUCAACCACUAUUACUACCGCUACGAGGAAAACGACGACUGCGCGAACCGCGGCUCUCAGUGGGCCACGGACGCCUCGGGGUACACUUGCCAGCACUGGGCCUUUUUUUCACUGGGAGUGCACGGACUACUACGACGACGCCGACUUCACUGUCUCUGA